AUGUCCGACCACUCCAAAGACGACAAGGAUCUGGGUGAGGUCCAGCCCCAGAUUCUGACGCUUCAGCCUUCCGACGUCGCCGCAGGGAAGGAUGCCAACACGCAGCUCUCUUCCAAGGCUCGAUACAGCGACCUCUUCACCGUCUUUGCGUGCGGUGCUGCAUUGAUCUCUGAUGGCUACCAGAACAAUGCAAUGACCAUGAUCAAUGUCCUCUUCCAGAAGAGGUACGGAACGAAGGUCUACGACUCGGAAGUAUCUACUCGAAUCAGCAACGCAUUGCUGGUAGGAGCAGUCCUCGGACAGGUGACAGUAGGAGUCAUUUGUGAUCGCAUUGGCAGGAAGAGCGCCAUCGUCCUCUCCACUCUCAUUCUGGUCACUGGAGCCAUCUUCGCGACGGCAGCCACGCCUGUUCACCACAGCGUUGCAGCCCUCUUCUGGUGGCUGACCGUUGCAAGGGGAGCCACGGGUUUCGGAGUCGGCGCAGAGUACCCUGCCUCAUCCACCAGCUGCUCUGAAGCCGCCAAUGAGCGCUACUCCCAGAACAAGCGAUCCACCAUCUUCAUCCUCUGCACAAACGUGGUACUGUCCUUUGGUGGACCUCUCGCCGUCUCCAUCUUCCUCAUCGUCCUCUCGGCCUCGCACUAUGGUGGAACCACCAGCCCCGAGGAUGCCAGGCGACUAGACAUUGUCUGGAGGAUCGUCUUUGGUAUUGGAGCUCUGCUUCCUCUGUCGGUCUUCUACUUCCGAAUGAAGAUGAUGAACUCGAAGCUCUACAGGAAGAGUGCCAUCAAGCGCAAUGUGCCCUACUGGCUCUUUGUCAAGCGCUACUGGCCCAGGCUGAUCGGAACCUGUGGUGCUUGGUUCCUGUACGACUUUGUCACCUUCCCCAACGGUGCCUUCAGUGGUACCGUGAUCAGCACUGUACUCAAGCUGACAAGUCUGCGCGAGAUUGCCGAAUACCAGCUCCUGCUCGGCACCAUCUCCUUGCCGGGAGCCAUCAUCGGGGCUUUCCUCGUCAAGAAAAUCGGCACUCGACUGCAGCUUGUCCUCGGCUUUUCUGGCUACCUCAUCCUUGGACUCAUCAUUGGUCUGGCGUGGACGCAUAUCAUCAAGAUCCCUGCUCUCUUUGUUGUCUUCUAUGGACUAUUCACCUCGAUGGGCAACUUGGGUCCUGGCUCCAUUGCCGGACUGCAGUCUUCCGAAUCCUACCCCUCAGCCCUGCGUGGAACUGCCUACGGACUGUCGGCAGCCAUCGGAAAGACAGGAGCUGCCAUUGGUACACAGGCAUUCACUCCCAUUCAAAAUCACCUCGGCAAGCAGUACACUUUCAUCAUUGCCGCUGGUAUUGGAGUCGUGGGCAUUCUGGUCUCCUGGUUCUUUUGCAUCGACACGAGCAAGUUGGAUCUGGAGGCUGAAGAUCGGGAGUGGCUGGCUUACCUGCAGAGGAACGGCUGGCAUGGCGAGGUCGGCGCUCCUGAGAAAGAGGAGGUGGACUUUGAAUAUGCGGGCAAGAGCAGCCAGAGCCUCCAAGACAGCCGCUCGGAUUGA